GCUGUCUGACGAGAACCUCCAGGGCAGCAACGCGCUGGCGCACCGCCCCACUUCCGACGCGGCAGCAGACGCCCUUAGCACGUGUACUAUGUUGAACAACAUGAGAGGCACCAUGAACGCCGAGUUCCCGCCGAUCCCGCACAACGCCGCGAAGGACGCCGAUUCAACGCGGUGGGCGGCGAUGCUCCGGCAUCGACGUCCUCUCCGCGGCGCGAGCGCGACGCAUCGCACCAGGGUCACACCCGGUCCAGCCCGGAGCAGCGAUGAGGCAGGAGAUGGCCUUGCGGCCGACGAGCUGCACUGGCAAUGGACUGUGGAA